AUGCCGCCCUUUUCCCAUCUCGCCAGCUCGCUCAACCUGGUCCCAUCAUCAUGCCCGACGGCCAGGAAGAGUGGCUUGUUGAUCACAUACUUGAACGCUGCUGCCACAGUCGCAGCUGGUGUUACCUCGUACGAUGGACUGGUUAUGGACCCGAAUCUGAUACUUGGCUACCCGGCUCUGACGUUGCGGACCUCCAAGCACUCGACACGUUCCUUCAAGAACAAGACCUAA